AAAAAAAAAAGAAAAAAAAAGAAAAGAAUAAUCAACCAAACCUAAAGAAUUAAUUAAUUAAUUUUACACAAUUUGUUACUAUUGGUAUUCUUUUAAACUAAACUCAGUGUGAAAUUUUUUAGAAAAAAAAAAAAGAAAACAAAAAUACAAAAUUCUUUAAGUUAUAUCUACGAUAGUGUGCACCUAAGCAAAAGCAGGCAAAUAAAUAUCCAUUAGUCUAAGAGACUACUGCGGUGUAUGCAUCAACCGCUAGUCUCAGACUUUAUUUGCAUAAGUCUGUGAUGUUGGCUUUUUACUACGUCAAUAUUCUUGAUUUGUUUUCCUUUUUUUGCAUUUUGUAACAUUAUGACAUUGAUUGACAGAUUAUAACCGAUUUUGAUGAGAAUUUUUAAAUAAAGCCUACAAAACUCUAAUCAAUUUGAGAAAAGAAAUUGAAGAUGGCGGAUAAAAUGGGCUUGGAAUUGCAGGAAAAUAGUAAAAUGCUUAAAAGCAAUGUGGGACAAAACUUUGAUAUUGAAUUUCAAGAUCUUUUUUAUCGAGUCAAAGUUCAGCGUCAAAAAGAGAAAAAGACUGUACUUCAAGGUAUCUCUGGCACAUUCAGAGCUGGUGAAUUAACAGCUAUUAUGGGACCUUCCGGAGCGGGAAAAUCAACGUUAUUGAACAUUUUAACCGGCUUCGGUGUCGAAGGUGUAGAAGGCUCUAUAAAAUUUGGUAGCAAUAAUAGUAAAAUGCGUAAAAAAAGCUGUUAUAUAACACAAAGUGAUCAUUUUUACAAUUUCUUUACCGUGGAAGAGUCGAUGAUGUUGGCCGCUAGUCUGAAAAUAUCGAGUAAAUCGAUGAACAUAAGAGAUAGGAAGUUGCUGAUUGAGAGUAUACUAGCAUCCUUGAAACUGAGAACUGUGAAAAGUACCCGAUGUGGCCGUUUGUCGGGUGGCCAAAAGAAACGCUUAUCUAUAGCUUUAGAAUUGAUUCAUAAUCCUGCCGUUUUAUUCUUAGACGAGCCUACGACAGGUUUAGAUAGUUCAACUACCAUGGACACUAUGCAAUUGCUGCAGAAUUUGGCUAACGAGGGUCGCAGCAUCAUCUGUACAAUACAUCAACCUUCGACACAUGUUUACGAAAUGAUCAAUCAGGUGUAUGUGUUAAGUCAAGGCUAUUGCAUCUAUCAGGGUUCUCCACAUAAAACUGUAAAUUUUCUUGCAGCUGUGGGCUUACAUUGCCCUCCCUAUCAUAAUCCCGCGGACUUUUUAUUGGAAUGUGUUAAUGGUGAUUAUGGGGAUUACAAUGAUAUCCUAAGGGAAGAAUCGACAAAACCGGAAUGGCAUUAUAAUAACAAUAAUAGUAUUCGUCCUUUAGAGGCUAAUAAUGAGGUGCAAGUUAUUAAAAUGUCUGAAAAUUCGGACGCCUCUCUAACGUUUACUGCUAGUAAACAUAUUUAUCCCCCCCCAGAAUGGAUGCGCCUAUGGAUGCUUGUAGGUCGUUGUCACGUACAAAUUCUAAGAGAUUGGACUGUCACGCAUUUGAAACUACUAUUGCACAUAGCAUGCGCCCUCCUAGUUGGUAGUUCGUAUGGAGAUUCGGGUUCAAACGGUAGUAAACAACUGUCAAAUUAUAGCUUAUUAAUGGUAGUCUGCCUGUAUGUAUGGUUUACGACGGCCAUGCCGGCUAUUGUUCGAAUACCCGCUGAAAUAAUGAUAGUGAAAAGGGAAACCUUUAAUAAUUGGUAUAAGUUAAGAACAUUUUAUUUAGCCCACUUUAUUACCUCAGCACCAGUGCAUAUCAUUUUUUCUGCAAUUUACUCAAUAAUUAUAUAUUUGCUAACCGAUCAAUAUAUGGAAAUUGAUCGUAUAGUGAAAUUUAUUUUAACUACUAUGGUUAUAAGCUUAUGCGCCGAAGGUAUGGGAGUUUUGGUGGCCACGAUUUUAAAUCCGGUGAACGGGGUUUUCUCAAUGUCAAUUAUAACGUGUUUUGCGUUAAUCUAUUCGGGUUUCAUAAUAUAUUUUAACCAUAUGACUGCUCCAAUGCGCAUAAUAUCAUACCUGUCACCGCUUCGUUAUGGUAUGGAAAAUUUAACCUCCACCAUAUUUCAUAAUCGACCAGAUGUGCAAUGUCCCUCUAACGUCCUAUAUUGCCAUUUCAAAAGCGCGAAAACAUUAGUGAAGUUUGUUAACAUGGAACGCGUUAAUUAUGGCUUAAAUUUAUUGAUAUUGUUAUUGAAUUUGGUCGUUUAUAAGAGUAUCGCUUACAUAGCGCUGAAACGUAAAAUUAAUCAAGCGAAUUAGUUAGGGCGUUAUAAAGAAACCAAAAAAAAAAAAAAAAAAACAAACGCAAUUUAUUAGUAUUAGCAAAAUUUUGAUUUAUUGCAUUCCAUAAUCUGUGUAAGAACGACGACACCUUUAAUUUUCAUUUUAAUAUGUCUUUUUUAAUAUUAAUUAAU